AUGUCGGGCCUGGACCUGUCUUCAUCAGAUGCUCCCGGCAACCUCCUAGCCGACAGCUCUCAACAGCUCCCGGUUGCCGAGCGCUUCCAAGUCAAUUCUUGUACAGGUGGAACCAGUUUUAGCAUCCCGAUUCCCAUUACCAAAGGCCGUGGUGGCUUCGGGCCAGAUCUCAGUCUCGUUUACCAAUCUGCAGCAGCAUCGACCAACGGCUCUUUUGGCAGCGGUUGGCAGCUCGGAGGCUUACAGACUAUCUCCAGACUGACCUCUCGGGGUGUACCGGUCUAUGAUGAUGAAGUAGACGUGUUUGUUCACUCUGGCUUUGGCGAACUUAUUCCAGUUGACGGUUCUCACGAUCUUUAUGAUGAAAAGGAUGUAACCGACUACAUCAUUUCUCGAUACCGACCACGUAUCGCACAGGGGCUUGUGCGGAUAGAGCACUGGAAGAACCGCGAGAAUCCUCAUGAUGCCUUCUGGAAAACUAUAUCCGGGGAUAAUGUGACUGUUCGUUUUGGGAAGGACGAAGAAUCUCGCAUCUUUGACCCUGAUGAGCCCUUGCGCAUCUUCUCAUGGCUGGUUGCUGAGACCUAUGACGGCAAUGGAAACAACAUGAUCUUCUCUUACAGGAAAGAAGACAUCAAGGGCGCUCCGAGCCAUUUCCUAGAUCCAACGUCUCGCUCUCAGGCGAUGCGUUAUCUCAAGUCGGUGCGUUAUGGGAACGAGAUGCCAAAUAGGGACCUUCAGACAUGGGAGGUAUUGGGAAAGGAGUCUACUGAGAAGCAAAAGUGGCUGUUCGAAUUGGUUCUUGACUACGGUGAGCAUGACGAAGACACGCCUACAACAGUAACUACAGAGGAGUGGAAGGCUCGUUGGGAUCCAUUCACAACAUACUCCUGUGGCUUUGCCAUAAACACCUUUCGUCUUUGUCGUCGGUUCUUGAUGUUUCACCAUUUUCCUGACAAGCUCGCUCGGCAAGACUGCCUAGUAAAGUCCCUCGUACUAAAUUAUGAGGUCGACUCGCGCUCUGGGACUUCCCUCCUAACAUCUUGCUUCGUCGGUGGUCAUAGUCCCCAAGGGUCGCACGAUCUUCGCAGCCUUUGGCUUCCACCGGUGACACUGCAGUACACUAAGCCUCCAAACGAGGGGGAGGUCAAUGUGGAAGAGGUAGACGUGCCUGUAACUGGCCUAGGAUCUUCAGUGACUGCUCAAUGGAUUGACCUGGAUGGAGAAGGGCUUCCAGGAGUCUUGGCCAAGGUGCCGGGAGCAGACUGGUACUACUACAGAAAUCAGAGCGACGGUCUCAAAGUCUCUCUUGAAGGACCUGGCAUCGUACCCGCGAAGCCGAGUCUAGAUGGUAGUGGGACCGAGGGCAUAUGGGCAGACCUAGAAGGUGAUGGUCUGCUUAGGCUAAUUAGUAGGUCACCAGAUGGCGAGGUUCAGGGGUUCUACGAACGGUGCCAAGACGGUGAAUUCACUAGCUUCAUCCCCUUUGCAUCGUAUCCUUCUGUGUCGGGGGAUAGGUGGAUGACACAAGUCGACCUUGUAGGUGAUGGCCAUUCUGAUCUCAUUGAUAUGGGAGCUAUAUCGGAUGGAGAGUUCAACUGGUACCCAUCCCUAGGCAAAAAAGGAUACGGAUCAGUCCAACGAACACAGCAUGCUCCCAUAUUAGACGGCGAACGUCGGGACACUUUCUUUAUCUGCGACAUGGUCGGAGACGGACUUGGCGAUGUUGUGAUAAUCAGAUACGGGUCUGUUCGAUAUUGGCCCAAUAUGGGUCACGGUCGUUUUGGCAGGCCUGUCGAUAUGUCCAGUGCCCCAGUGGAGGCUGACUUCUCGCCGCAAAGGCUUCGCCUCGCUAAUGUGUCUGGUGUAGGAGGAGCUGAUCUCAUCUAUCUCCGUCCAGGUGGUGGCGCUGCUGUCUACUAUAAUCAAUUUGGGAUCCAGUGGUCCGAUCCCUACAUUAUUCCUACCGUGCCUCCACUGGACAGGUUCUCUUGGGUUGAUGUGUUUGACAUUGCAGGGAGAGGUUCGCCUGCUCUGUGCUGGGCCUCUGAUUUACCAAGUCAGGGCAUGGCAGAAGUGCAUUUCCUCGAUUUGACAGCGGGUUCACGUCCGGGAUUAGUUCGCAAAAUGGAGAAUGGAACUGGUCUGGAGGUGGAGCUUGAGUACCGCUCAUCGACGCUUUAUCGUCUUGAAGACGAAAGAGCUGGACAGCCAUGGGUUACUCGUCUGCCUUUCCCAGUGUUGUGCGUUUCCCAAGUUACUACCCGGGACACUGUGGCAAGGACCUCAGUGGAGUCCCGGUUUGAUUAUUACAAUGGAUACUAUGACCCUGUAGAUCGGGAAUUCCGGGGUUUCCAACGGGUGGACAAAGUUGAUCGUGAAGUAACUGGGACCAUUGCCAGUCCCCCGGUUCUUACAAAGACAUGGUACUUUACUGGACUAGGGCCCCUCGAUGCAGUGGUUACACCACCGGCUAGUUUCCCGUCACAUAACCUUGGACUUUUGGACCCUCUCAUAAGUGCUGAGAUGCCGCCCAAACUUCACUGGCAAGAUUUGCGGGAGGCAUACGUAUCUCUAUCAGGGUUGGUUCGCUGCACGGAGAUAUUCAACUUAGACAAAACCACCAAGGAGAACGUACCCUACCAGUGCGAACAACAGUCAUAUGAAGUUGUCAUGGAACAGAGUUCUAAGGCAAACGAGGCUAGUCGUGGCUCAUUCCGCGUGAACGGCAGAGAAAUUGUCACUGCGGUCUACGAGAGGAGCGAUGCGAAGAGCCCCAAAAUCACGCACCAGUUAGUUUUGGAGACAGAUAGGCACGGAAAUGUGUGUCAGGUCGUUGAGAUCAACUACGCAAGGACAGACAGCACGGACCAAGUCGAUAGAGUUGGAAGCAAUGAGGACAUACUCACAUAUAGUAACGCUUCUUUUACCAAUGCUGUUGAGGAAGCAAACAAGAUACGGGCGCCGCUUAUAUCUGAGAAUCGACAGUAUCGCCUAUUUCCAGAUCAAAAGUCGAAACCUACUCUAGGGUCCAGAUACAAGAGGGAAAGCUUGAGAAAGAUCUGUCGUCAACUUCCCAAAGUCAAAGACAGACCGCCGACGAAGAAUGGCUGUUGUGUGCUUGUCUCAUCAGCGCGAGUCCUGUACACAGCCGAAGACUUGCUUAGGCCACUUCCAUUGGGGCAACUGCACGCAUUUUCAGUGCAAUACCAAGGAUACCAGCUCGCACUGACAGAUUUGAUGCUCCAGAAGCAUCUGGACCCCUUCAAUGAUCACAUAGCUCGCACCAAUGUCCUCAAAGAUGGGGGAUACGCUGAGCUAGAUGCUGGGAGUAACGAAUGGUGGGUUCCUUCAGUAAGGCAGAUGUACGGCGACAAGGAGGAAGACGCGCUGAAUUUUGCUCGGUCUCACUUCUACACGCCAAGUGGCGAGAUCGACGCCUUCGGAGCUAUUUCACGUAUUGAGAUGGACGAAGUCUGUUUGCUGCCGCAGCUUCUCACAGAUGCUGUAGGCAAUAGAACAACUAUUAGCCACGAGUAUGUUCACAUGAUGCCACAUGUCAUUACAGACGCGAACAACAACUGUAGUGAGACACUGGUUGACCCCCUCGGCCGUUGUGUGGCCGUUGGUGUUGGUGGAAAAGGCGGAUCUGAGACAGGGAACUCUGUGAGCGAACUCGAGCUCAUUGUAUCUGAUGAGUAUUUGGAUCUUCUUCUCAAAGACCCCUCUGGACCGCUAGGCGCUGAGGCUCUGGGGCAUGCGAGUCACAGAAUUGUCUACAGCAUGGGCAGGCCUUGCAGACCAGACUCAGAUGAUGCAACUCGGCCAACGCCUGUGAGGCCUACAGCUCAACUAGAGUUUCUUCGCAACAGACAUGUCAACGAUCCAAUCCCUACCGACAUUCAUAUACAGAUUACGUACUUGGAUGGUUCGGGGCAAUCAAUCCAAAAGCUGAAGCUUGUGAACCAAAGCGAAAAAGGAGCGACAUGGCAGCUCUGCGACUGGGCGAUCUGCAACCAGGCGGGGCAGCCGGUAGAAGUCUUUCAGCCUUGUCAUGUCUCAUCGCCAGCGUUUUGCAAGAUUGACAUGCAUCCUGACACUGAGAUUCGUCAAUACUCAACAACAACCUUCUAUGACGCCAUGUCUAGAGUUGUAGGCGUGCUACACCCAGAUCAUACAUGGUCCAAAACGGUCUACGAGGCGUGGAAACAAAUUGACUACGAUGUCGGGGACCUCAUCGCCGUGGAAAACCCUCUGAAGGAUGAGGAUAUUGGCUGUUUCCUCCAGGAGAUCUCAGAGGAUAAGUAUCUACCUACAUGGUACCAACAGAAACACCUCUCCAUGAUUUCAGAGGACAGAAACGCUGGGGAAAAGGCCCUUGUCUACAGAGAUACGCCUUCAAUAACUCAUUUCGAUGUCCUGGGUCGCCCCACGUUGUCAGAACAAGUCAUGGACCGUUCAGAGAGUUCGUCACGUCGCGCCUGGGUUGAAUACGAUAUAUACGGAAACCCAUGUGCUGAGAUCGAUGGCAUGGAUCGCAUAGUGAUUAAAUCUGAGUUUGACCUGCUCGGACGGCCACUGCUUCAACUUAGUAUGGAUCGUGGUGCGAGAUGGGUGUUCCCAGACUGUGCCGGACAACCUCUUGUAUCUUGGGACGAACAGGGGCGUAGGCAGAGUCAUCACUAUGACAAGUUGCGCCGGUUGACCAAGGUCACGUUACAAACUUCAAAACCAUAUGCCACUUCCGAGAUUGUUUUGAUGAGGAACAUUUAUGGUGAAAGCCAGCCCCAAGGUGCCGAGAAGAAUCUUUUGGGGAGGGUUUAUCGAUGCUUCGACCAGUCUGGGCUACGGACCAACCAGUGCUAUGACCUUGCAGGCAACUGCACCUUAUCAACUGUACAAUACGCCACAGAGUAUAAGCAGAUGCUGGACUGGGGAGCAGAGGAGAGCCCACAGUUGGAGCCGAGGAUAUACACAACAGAGACAUUCUUCAAUGCCCUGGGGCAGAAUAUCCAUGUUGUUGCCCCGGGAGGUGACUCUCUCAAACGAUCCUUUGAUCUCGCUGGGCGAUUGGCGAAGGUCGAAGCCUACGCGUCUGACAGUAGUGUUAUUGCCACAGCCUCUAUCGACCAUGUUACAUACGAGCCCGACGAUCAAGUGGGCUCGAUUCUCUAUGGCAACGGAGCCUUGGUCAAAAACACCUAUGGUAUAUCUGAUCGCAGAUUACUGAAAAGUCGCACCACUAGCACUGAGGACGGUCGUGUGCUACAGGACAUCUCAUCCUGGUACGACUGCAUGGGCCGACUAGUGCGAAGGGAAGAUAAGGCACAACAGACUCUCUUCUUUGACAAUUGUCGUAUAAGUCCUACUGAAGACUUUACCUACGACUCUCUCGGCCAGUUGGUUGAGUCCAGGGGUCGUGAGCAGGUUGACAAGUCUCCUGACGGUCCUGGGAGAAUCAGUCCACCAGAUUUUCACCUAGGUCGCUCUACCAAUUUUCCAGGAGACGGGAAACAAAUGGCACCGUAUGUAGAGAGGUACACCUACGAUGUUUGUGGAAACAUAUUGAGGAUGGAGCAUGGACUUCAGUCUGGGAGUGGGUGGACUAGAAGAUACAAAUACGAAGAGCCUAGCCACAUUGAUCCAAAUGUUCACAACAACCGUCUAAGCAGCUCCACCGUUGGUAAUUCGACGACUCACUACGGCUACGAUGGUAUUUCAGGAAUUGGUGGGUGCAUUACGUCCAUGUCUGGAUACUCAGACAUUCGCUGGGACCAUCAUGACCGUCUCCGGGCAUUUGCCACGCAAAGGGUUACAGAGGGUGCAUUGCCUGAAAUGACGUGGCAUGUGUACAAUUCUGAUGGUGAACGGGUACGGAAGGUUACUGAACGCUCCUCUUACUACAAUGAUGUUGGAGGUGGUGUGAAGCGCUGUGAGACCCUAUAUCUACCCUUUAUGGACAACUAUAUGGUAUACGAAGGAAACGGGAGGGUGAUCUGCCAUCGAAUCAACACCUUUCAUGUCAGGGCAUCAGAACUCUCUGAAGGAGCAGCUGCUCUGGUCGAGCAGGACUCACGAAGGCAGUCACACCUGGUGCGAUAUCAGAUAGGUGAUCGUCUAGAGCUAGAUGACAAAGCACGCGUCGUCUCUUACGAGGAGUUCACGGCUUAUGGUGUCAGCACCUACUCAGCAAAGACAAAAGGGGCAGCACCACGCAAGUACCGAUUCGCCUCAUACGAACGGGACCAAGAGAGCGGUCUUUAUCUUUGUGGAGAACGAUACUACGCCUGUUGGCUGGGUCGUUGGCUAUCUCCAGAUCCGCUUGGUACAGCGGAUGGUCAUAAUCUGUUUUGCUACGUUGGCAAUGACCCUGUCAACAGCAGCGACCAUACAGGCACCAUGGCAAAACCCAAAACUGGGAAUCCACGACCGAAUACCACGAGUAAGGACUCAGGUAAAAGGGGGAAUGAAACGCCGGAUAAGUCGCAGCAACCCACGACUUCCAAGAACACCGGUGAAGGCAAAGGCGUCGUCACACUGUAUCGUGGCACAGCCAGAGACAGAGCCGAGAGAUUCUUAAAAGGUGAAUGGAACAGCAUUGUGUCUUAUGACAGGGAAGGGAACGGCCAGUACGAAUUCAGACCUGGAGAUCUAAGUACGGUGGAGGAUGCUGCAACAUACUGGACUAAUGAGCGGAGUCGGGCAGCUGAGCAUGCGGGUUAUGUCGCGGAUGGUGUUAUCAUCGAAAUACAGGUGCCACAGGAGUGGGUUAAUGCGGCCGUUGCUGGCACAAUCAAUGAUGAUAAAGGACGCCGACAGUUAAAGAUUAUAGACUACAGAAUCUGGGCAACAGGAAAAGAAGGGAGCGCUGAAGUUCUCGCGACUAUUCUUCUUAACCGCCUAGCAACAACCCCAGGCAUUUUUGAAGGAGUGCUUGGAGCUAUUGGGAAGUCGCUAGACGCGUGGUCUGUCCUCAAAAACGUCUGGGAACACUCAGACGCAGAUGUUUACAUCAGCAGGGAAGCAAACAUAGCCACCGACAAAAUCAAUUUCCCAUGGGAGCCUGCAUCUCGUAAUACCACAAAUAUCACAUACCCCACAAACGCAAAAGAUGUGCUCAAACCACUCAUCGGGGCUGCGGUCGAGGGAAUCAAGUCGAUAAAAGAAAAGAUGUUGGAUAGCUCUCUCCAGUACUGCUUCAGGGGCGAAAGUGUUAUAAAGGCCUUUACAGCUAGGUUUGCACCUCAAGCAAAAAUAUUGAACCGUGUUGGAAACACCUGGAAAUGA